UUGGCUAAAAAAAAAAAAAGAGUCACAGCUCACUACUCACUCACUCCUCCCUCUCUUCCUCGGCUGCUACUAACCCUACCGGCCGGCGGCGGCGGCGCAUCCACCGGGCGGUGGCAGUGCACGACGGGAGGCGGCGCAUCGCCAGGAGGCAGCGCGUCACGGGCACGACGGGUGGCGGGCACAACGGCGCCGACAACCGAGCAAUCCACUGCCAGCCUCAUCCUUCUACCUAACAAGAAGAACGGCAGCCGCCAGCCUCUUCCACCGAAGCGCGGCAGGCAGCCAGAGCCGGUCGCGCUCCGCUCGCCGACGCGUCGAGUGUCAUUGGAUUGGUAUGGAGUGGUGAUCCAUCCCAACUUACGGUUGUUUUCUUUCGUUGGUGUGUAGGUUGCUGAGAAAUAAACAUGCCAGCAGGCGAAAUCCUACGAGCAGAGCUAUCAUCUAGGACACCGCCUUUCGGUCUGAGGCUAUGGGUUGUGAUUGGCAUUAGUAUUUGGGUGGUAAUAUUGUUUAUACUUGCUUUCAUGUGCUUCUGGUCCAUAUAUCGGAGGAAGCCAACGAAAUCUUUUGAUAAGAUCCCAGUAUCUCAAAUUCCGGAUGUCUCCAAGGAGAUUGCAGUAGAUGAAGUGCGUGAGCAUGCUAUUGUUGAAAACUUCCGUAUGCAAGAAAGCCAUUCCCUGACAGUGCAGGAGAAAAAUUACGAAAAAGAUUCAGGGAAAAUGCUGGCACACUUGGUUAGGAGCAAAUCGAGUGAUGCUGAUAAUUUGAGCCAAUGCAGCUCAGCGUACCAAUGUGAAAGGGCUGGGAGUUCAUAUUCUGGCGAUGAAGGCAGCUCAGGCAAUGCUAUGAGGCAGUAUUCUCAAUAUGCAACUGUCACUGCAUCUCCUUUGGUUGGACUUCCCGAGUUUUCGCAUCUGGGUUGGGGUCAUUGGUUUACUCUGAGGGAUUUGGAGCAUUCAACCAAUCGGUUUUCUAAGGAGAAUAUCAUUGGAGAGGGUGGAUAUGGAGUAGUUUACCGUGGUCGACUCAUAAAUGGGACUGAUGUUGCAAUAAAAAAGCUUCUUAAUAACAUGGGGCAGGCAGAAAAGGAGUUCAGGGUUGAAGUUGAGGCUAUUGGUCACGUCAGGCAUAAGAAUCUUGUCCGCCUUCUAGGUUAUUGUGUUGAAGGAAUCCACAGGAUGCUUGUGUAUGAGUAUGUGAAUAAUGGGAACUUAGAGCAGUGGCUUCAUGGUGCCAUGCGUCAACAUGGUGUUCUUACUUGGGAAGCCCGGAUGAAAAUCAUUCUUGGAAUCGCUAAGGCGCUUGCUUAUUUACAUGAAGCCAUAGAGCCAAAAGUUGUGCACCGUGAUAUCAAAUCAAGCAAUAUCCUAAUUGAUGAAGAAUUCAAUGGCAAACUUUCUGACUUUGGAUUGGCAAAGCUUUUGGGUGCAGGGAAGAGCCAUGUCACGACUAGGGUUAUGGGAACUUUUGGGUAUGUGGCCCCUGAAUAUGCCAACACAGGUCUCUUAAAUGAGAAGAGCGAUGUCUACAGUUUUGGUGUGCUACUAUUGGAAGCAGUAACUGGGAGGGACCCAGUUGACUAUGGUCGGCCUACUAAUGAGGUGCAUCUGGUGGAGUGGCUCAAGAAGAUGGUCGGCACGAGAAGAGCCGAGGAAGUAGUGGACCCUGACAUGGAGUUGAAACCAACCUCUCGGGCUCUUAAGCGCGCUCUUCUAGUGGCGCUGCGGUGUGUCGACCCAGAUGCUGAGAAGAGACCCACUAUGGGCCAGGCUGUUCGGAUGCUCGAAGCGGAAGAUGUCCCGUCACGGGAGGACCGGAGGAGCCGGAGGGGUCACUCCAGCAACGCGGAUACAGAGUCCAAGGCUAGCUCAAGCGAGUUCGAGAUAAGCAGUGACCGAAGAGAAUCAGGACCGUCCGCGAGGUAUCAGUCCUAACUUCUGAUGAGAGCAGAUCAUCGUGGUCAAGAACUCGACGUCGGACCGGCGAGCAUUGGAGGAAUGGGCGUGGAUGGAUUGUAGAAAUAGGAAAGAACAUUGCAUUUUGUAUUGUAGGUAUUAUCCUUGGUGGUAGCUAGAACAGAGUCAGAUCGAUCUGGGAGACGGAGACUUGCUGUAAUCUAUGUAAUCAACCGCCGUGGCGUGCGUUUUCCUUGUGUUGUGGUUCCACGUUCUCCACGGGACACGGAUGCACCUCCACUGAUGGCCAUCACAGUAUUGCGUGGUUUCUGAAUAGCCCAAUAAAGGCCGCGAUACUUGGCAAACCUUCA